AUGGCCUCUCUAUUCUCCAAGCGUCUAACCUGCUUUUAUUGUGGGAAACGGUCUGCUCGCUGUCACCGCGGGUCCGUUCGUAAUUUCCGCUGCGAACACUGUGAGGCUGACAACUUCUUCGACGAGAAAGGAGAAAUCACAGAUCCACCGGCUGUCGUCACCAACGCCGAAGUUUACGCGCCUGGCGCAACCAGCGCAACCUUCGAAUCGACUGAUUUUGGCGGAUCGCAGUCAUUUUGCGCCAAAUGUGCUCGCAAUCAGCAUUUGUUUACAAGCUCACUAGCUUCCUACUUUCCCCCCUCCGAUGAACCCUCCGAUAGCGAAUACGAACGUGGCUAUGAGCAAUUCCGCAGCAGCCUGGAGGACCGGUAUCCCCAGGUUUGCGCGUCCUGCGAACCCCUUGUGAAGUCUCGCAUCCGAAGAGCCGGCUAUGAAGCCAAGUCGGAUCACCUUAGGCGCAUGAUGGAUCAAACCCGGGCAAACCGGGAAUCACGACAGGCCCGGAACCGGAGCUGGAGCAGCCUGUUUCUCUAUUUGGGUGCAUUUGCAUACUGGGCUAGCAUUGCUGGCCAGCUUUCAUGGGACUUGAUCAGUAUGGCCACUCUCGCUCAAUCCUCGCAAAAUUCCAGCGAAGAUUUGCCCAGCGCCGAACAACUUUCUAUGGCAUCCAUCUCUGCAAUCUCGUGUGUCAACCAGUCUAUCUAUAUGCGGCGCAUUCCCAAAGCUUGUUCGCCUGAUCUAGUGCCAACCGCGGGACUGGCGUUGAUUGCAGGCGCAUUUUCGCUUUGGUGGAAUCCGAAGCUACGCAUGAAGAUCGAUGGCAUGCCCGGCAAGUUCGGCGGUCUUACAGAGUACUAUGAAGCUCAACUUAUAGUCAUGGUAGUACGUUGUGUAUUUUGGGCAGUACUUAAGGAUCCAUCUGCUAGUCGGUUGGAUUCCAAGCGCCUUCCGGCCUUCCAUGCUCUAAUGAUGCUCUUUACUAUUAUGUCGGUCUUUUUAUCUCGACAUGUUGUCAGUUACUCAAAUAUUCCACUCGUCAAUUGGUCCGACAAUAGCUGGGAAACUCGGUUUGAACACCCCAGCGCAGUUUCCUCAGCAGUGGCCGAAUCACCUGUGUCGACUCGAGACGGCACACCAAAGGCUGAUGUCAGCGGAAUCAGCCAGCGUUUUCCGAUUGACAAAUUAGCCCAACCUCAACCUCAAUCACCCGUUGAGCAGUCGCUUGCGGUCGUUUCUAAUCAUGCAGACAAUGAUGGCAUGGACUGGUCCCCUUCUAUCACUCAUAAUCUCCGUCCAACUGUGACACGGCGCAAUCAGCCGUCUGUAUUCGACGGACCUAAUCCAUUCCAAGGCCAGAUCCCUGCAGCCCCAACUCCUCCUGCAUGGAAGCUUCGCACCCAGACUUCGACGAAACCCAUCGAGCAAGUGAUCCAACCCAAUCCGUUCCAUCGCAGUCCUACCCAACCACAAGGUCAAUGGCAGCAAAAGCGUGCCAAUGCUGAACCAGUCUUCAAGGCACCGAAAUUCUUCGCCCCUCAAGACCAUGACACAUCUACUGGGUUGGAAACGUUGUUUGACCGUGCCUUUAAUUUUCAACCAGAUACGACCCAGGGGCCCAACUGGUCUCAGAGCGCACAAAACCAGAGCUCUGCAUAUCACACUGGGACGCAGAGCUCCUUGUUCUAUGCAUUGCUCCGCUUAGGGUUGCUAGUCAGCUUUAUCUGCGCCUGGACCUUCUCCCAAAACCAUCAGGUCUUACUCCCAGGAAAUUACGUGGAGAUUUCUGCUCUAGGUGUUGCAAGCCUUGUUGCGGGUUUCGCUUUGAUCAGCAUGGUGAAACGACCCCUUGUGCAGUGGAAUGGCAUGGAGAUUCUGAUCUCUAUCACUGAACUUGGCAUGGCUGUUCACAUGGGGGCACAUUUACCCACGGCUUCACUUAGCAGGGACUACUUCGAUCGUUACGGCAAAUUGCUGCUGAUUUUCAUGGCCGCACAGGAGACUAUGAACGUAUUCUCGUUCUAUAGAGAGGCCAGCUUAGAGAGCCCCCAGCAAUCAGAAUCUGUCCCCACGCCGCAGCAGCCACAGUCACCGCACCAAAGUCAAUCGGGUGCCAUCGAUUGGCCGGGAAACCAAUCUUCAUCUCAGCCGACACCUGAGCCGCGAGUCAACAGUCCGCCUAUGCACCGAUCAUUUGAAUCGCAGUCAUCGGCUCCCCCACUUUCAUUUAGCGAUACCGAUGGUGCUUCCAGUUUCUCAUCAGCGUUACCUUCCGUGCCAGAGUAUGGCAUUACCCAAUCUCGCACUGUCCAUUCGUUCCCCGCCGACAACCAAAACGCAUUUAAUCAAAACAGAAACCCGCACAGUUUCACUAUGGAGACUCUCAAGCAGAUUGAGCCCGCAUCUGACUACGAGCAAGACUCCGACAGCGAGACUGUAGCUACAACUACAACAGCCGCUACCAAUUUCACUAACCGCAACAUUCGGUACGGGAUUAAUUCCGGCCUGGGUUCCAAUGCCUUCUUCUCGCCCCGGCGAAAUGGUCUGGGAUCAGGUAUGGGCGGCUUGAGCUUGGAUGAUGAUCCCACUCCCCGCCGUAUGACUCGCAGUCAGACCCAGCAGGGUUUAUUUGGUCGUCGUCCGCCAAACUACGUCCGAUGA